AUGAACGUCGAUGCUGCCGUGGGUGAAGAGGCUCUGCCAGGGCCGCCGAUCGCACCGACGGUGCCGAUCGACCAGCAGAAGACCGAGGCAGCCAGCCACCGAUUCUACGGGCUUGAGGGUCCUAAAGGAAGGACGACAGGGCCGCUGGUAGAGGACGGCGUUUCCAAGAAAGACCGGGCUGAGUACCUCAAGAAGCAAAGAGAGCAACGAAAGGCGAACAGGAAGAAGGGAAUGCAAGCGUCCACGUCACGUACUAGGUCCGUAGAGUCCCCAGGCAGUGCGGUCUUCCGCAGCCGCAGAACAUCUGCUCCUGCGAUGAUGCACUGCCGUCAACGCGCCAGCAGCUCCGCGUACCCCACCAACUCUCCACGGGAAUCAUCGGAAAGCAAGCGAAUGCCUCCUCCACCCAUGGGGUUGACAGCUGGCGUGUCGCCGACGGGCGCGGCGCCGGUAAGGGAGGAACAGCAGGGCGAGGGUCCGUCCCCCCGUAGCGAUUCGACGCUGACUGGCGAGGCUGUGGCGCCCUUAAGGGCGCCCUCACCCCGUAUGUUCAACCCGACGGCUGUGCCCCCGCCUAUCGCACCUCCGAGCGCAACCACCAGCCUCCACGCUCCGCCUCCAAUGCAUCCGACCAUGGCGUUUAACGUCAACGAGUCGGUGGAAAGGGCUUUGAAGGAGGUGAAGCGCGACGCCGGCCAAGCUGAGAGGAAUGCCAUGUUCUGA